AUGGCUGCCCCAGGUGAUAUGUGUGCUUCCAUCACCUGUCAUGCUGCCUGUGGGUUUUUGAUUCUAGAUGGUAUAGCUUGUUCUCAAAACAAGGAGAAUAACUAUGCUGGUCCAUACGAUCAUGACUGUCUCUGUGCCUCUGGUUCAAGCUUCAAUAGGCAUUAUCCUGCAUGCAUGGACUGUGGUUGGACCUUAUGGAAAUACUAUGGGCCAUACGUCUCCUCAGCUUUGCAAGAGUGCUCCACAUUAUCCACUGAGCCUACUGGCACCUUGAGAUGCUCAACAACUUUGACAGACAGUUAUUCCAUGGACACCGGUAUAAAUGCUUGUGACUUUACUGGUGGUUGUACAUCGACUAACACCUUCUCAACUGUUGAGACGUCCACUGGGGCUUCUUCUGAGUCUGUCACAUCUUCUGAGUCAAUCAUUCCUUCUGAGUCAAUCAUUCCUUCUGAGUCAGCUACGCCUUCUCAGUCAGCUAUACCUUCCGAGUCGACUGUUGAGUCCACAGUUACAUCCUCGUCGUCGCUCACCUCUGUUGAAUAUUCUACCAAAUCUGUAGAAUCUUCUGGGGUUGUUUCGACAGAAACAAUUAGAUCAUCGUUAACUGAAGAGGACAGUUUCUCUGACCAUUCUACUGAGUCGUCUAAAGAAGAGCCUACUGAUUCUACUGUUGCUACUGACUCCACUGACUCCAUUGAUUCUACUGACUCCAUUGACUCCACCACGGAGUCUUACAGUGAUAUCUCAACUGAAAGCACUUCUCAAGCUCCAACGGAGACAUCUAGUGCUGACUCUAUCAUUCCAACCUCAUCAUCGAUCUCUGAACAAUCUUCAGUGUCACAGACGCUUGUUGAAGACAGCUCUGUAUCAUCAUCCCUGGCACCCUCAUCAACACACUCAUCAGCUCUUAACCUCACCACCGCAGUCUACACCUCACUGUUUCCUAAUUCAACCAUCAAUUCAGGUGGAGAUUCCACUUCAACUGCUCUGUCUAGUUCACUGACGAUUCCUUCUCCAAUUUUAAAUCCUGAUGUUCAAUUUUCAGGAACUUUAGAAGAUGGGUUACUACUAUGGUCAGUUUCAGUCACUGAACUUUCAUCAUUUAGUGUCGACAUCGUGCUAUCAAAGGGAAACUCAACUGGAGACUUCAGAUUCACAUCUGUUGGAGAUGACAAUCAUCACACCCCAUCUGAAGUAGCAAUCACGGGGGAAACCGUUGAGAUCUCCUGGUCUGAACCACUUUCCGGUUCCGUCGCUGUGCAGAUAGUGGGUGAAAUCACGAGUGGUUCAAGUUGGACUUCCAACGCCCGUAUUUCAGUCAAUACUCUUGACAGUGGAAGACUCUCCAAACGAGAGGUGAUUGUUUAUCACCUCUCUUCGACUAUCACCCGAGACUCGACGAAUGAAUCGCACUCUGGUUUUGACAUAAGCUCUGUGGGCUUCGCAAACAACACAAGUAUAACUGGCGAUGACGUUACAACUGUCAACUCCACGAUUCUCUCAACAGACACAGUAUACACCACCUACUGUCCAGAAACUUCAACCACAGUGACAUCUCUCCCAGUUGAAGAUGGUGUUGUUGAGAAUAACAAUGCUCAGACAAACUCGGGUUCUUUCCCUACUAAUAACGAACUUGGCACUGAUAGCUAUACUGAGCUCCCAUCCAAUGGCACAACUUCCUCCGCCGCUACCCCAGUCAUUUCAACAGCCUUUGAAGGAUCUGCUGUAAGACUAUCCGGAUUUUCCCUAUGUAUCAUGGGCAUGGCACUGUUCCUGAUGUGA